AGCAAACAACUACUAGAACGAGUCGCUACUACUUUGGUGCGAUGUGGUAAAUGUGAUGUGGUUUAUCAGUUAUGAAGUUCUCUUACUUCCAAGGUAGCUUACAAAGUGAAGAAAACUAGAAAUACGAUAAUAUGGAGUUCCAUUUUAUCUAUCUAGACCUUGGCCUGUUGGAAUGUCCCGUAGUGAUUAUGGUUCCAUAGCGCACGUUAAAUAGUUGUCAGGUUGUGUUUAAUGCUGCCAAACAUUGCACUAGUCGCGAGGGAGAUCGAGUAAUGUCUGUUGACAGUAACAAUGUUAUAUUUUCACAAAAUAAUGGGAUAGGAGACGAUGUACUUCAAAAAGCUGGAAUGGCAAUGGACACAAUUCCAUCGACAACCAAUAUAAAUAACAAUUAUAAAAGACGGCGUCCGUCACAACCAGUUUCUGAGUCAUUAACUCUUGAAUUUGAGAAAUGUCCGUUGAACUUUGGAGUUGUUUUGGACAACAAGACUUCAAACAAGACUCCAGGGAAGGCGAAAGUUUCUUUAGGGUGCGCUCAUAUAGCUAGAAUUAUACCCAAUAGUCCGGCUUCGAUAGACAAUCGUCUAAAAGUUGGGGACAAACUUUUAGAACUAAAUGGAAGAGACCUUACCAAAGCAAGUUUGGAGAGGGCAAGAUUGUACUUAAGUAGUGCACUGCGCAGUGGGAAAUUGGUCAUUAAAGUUUCGCGUGACAUCAGCUCUGUUGCCAUGGUGAAUGGGGAUGCUCAUUCUACAUUGGAGCAGAGUCACGUCACCAAGAAAAUCCACAUACUGAAGGACAAUAGAGGACUUGGUAUACAAAUAGCACAGCGUAAUGAUGACAUUAAUGGUACAACAGGGAUAUUUGUGACUCAUGUUAACAGUGGUGGUGCAGCUGAAAGGGAUGGUCGUCUUAAAGUUGGGGAUGAGCUAUUGUGGAUUAACAAGCAUAGUUUGAUUGGUGCCACCCAGCAGCAAGCCAUAGACUUCUUACGAGCCUCUCCUCCCUUGAUACAAAUGGUGAUAUCCACUGAGGACAAUGGCCCAUCCUCUACAGCUACAAGGAAAACCUCCCAAACACGUCCAACAGCGACCAAUCAACAAAAUAGCAAAAAAGACAGAAAAAUCAGUCCAUCAGGAGUCAGAYCAAAAACCAGCAAGAUUCCUGUAUCAACGGAAAAACGAUCUCCGAACGACAAGRCAAAGCUCUCAACAAAAACACCAACAAAACCAUCCAAAGAUCAUAAACAAAUUAAGACUAAAUCGUCUGAAAACCUUGCAAGCAGUAAGAACGGUGCACAAAAACCGCCCAAGAAAAAGAUAUCGAAAUCCAUGGAGAAUAUUUUGAAUGAUGUGAAAGGGCCUCCCACAGUUGCGAAGUCUACUACUGAAGAGGAUACCAAAGAAAACCACGGCCUUGAUUCCGAAAUUAUAGAAAAGCCUCUUGAUGACGAAACUGUUGCCAAGACAACCGAUGUUACUAUGACGACAGAAAAUUCUUUUUUUGACGAUGAAACUGUUGCCAAGAUGUCAGAAAAGUCUCUUGUUG